UAAUAAAACGUUUUAUUAUAAUUCUGUGCAUGUUAUCAAUUAUAAUUGUUAUCACUACCAACCAUCCACUAAAUUACUAAGAUCAAGUGAUAUCCUUUAGAUUAUCAUUCUUAUGUAACAGGAAAUAAUUAUUAUUCUUAUGUAACAGGAAAUAAUAAUUACCUUAUUUAAAGAUAUUGCUUAUUGAAGUUUCUAGUAUAGUUAAUCAAAUAUUUUUAUAUACUUAUUCUUGCUGAAAUUAAAAAAAUAUGGCUGAAUCAAAAAUGGUGAAAUUUAAUAAUGGACAAUUAUAUCCAACUUUAGGUUUGGGCACGUGGCAGGCAUCUCGAGAUUUAGAUGAGAAUGCCAAAAACUCAGUUUGCCAGGCUAUCAAGAGUGCUAUUGAUAUUGGUUAUCGUCAUUUUGAUUGUGCCUACUACUAUAAUAUUGAGAAAGAAGUUGGAAAAGCUAUAGCAGAAAAAAUUGAAGAAGGAAUUAUCAAAAGAGAUGAUAUUUUUAUUACUAGCAAGCUUUGGAACGACCAACAUAGGCCUGAAUUAGUUGAAGUUACAUUGAAGAAUACAUUAAAUGAUUUAGGUUUAAGUUAUAUAGACCUUUAUCUUAUUCAUUGGCCUUUUGCAGUUAGUGAAAAUCCUAAUGCUACUGAUAGCGAAGGUCGCUUACUUGGAUCUGAUAUUUCUUAUACAGAUACAUGGAAGGCAAUGGAACAAUGUGUAACAAAAGGAUUGGUGAAGUCUAUUGGAUUAUCAAAUUUUAAUAUUAAACAAAUAAAAGAUAUAUUGGAAAUCGCCUCUAUCAAACCAGUUGUUAAUCAGGUUGAAAGUCAUCCUUAUCUAAUACAAAGAAAACUUAAAGAAUUUUGUGACAGUCAUUGUAUAUAUUUGAUAGCUUAUGGACCAUUAGGAUCACCACAUAGAUCAUGGGCAGCUUCUGAUGAACAUGUAGUUCUCAAUGAACCUGUGGUAGCUGAAAUCGCAGCUAAUCAUAAUAAAAAGAAAGCUCAAAUAUUAAUCAAAUUUCAAAUUCAAAGAGGUCUCUUAGUUAUCCCUAAAUCAGGAAAUCCAGAAAGACAAAAACUCAACUUUGAUGUAUGGGAUUUUGAAUUAAGUAAGGAUGAAAUAGAAUUACUCGAAUCAUUAGACAGAAACAUCCGCUACUAUAAAUUCGAAACUGCAUCACAUUUAAAAGACUAUCCAUUUCAUGAUGAAGCUUGAAUAAUAACAUAUUUGAGUAUAAGUAUUACUCAAAAAUUCAAAAUAUUUUUUUUUCAGUAUGUUUUUUAUUUAUUGAUGUCUAAAUAAAUAUAUAAUCUAACAAAACUUAAUCUUAUUAAAUUAUGAAUCAUAGUUAGCUGUUGAUAUUUAAUUGUUUAUCAUUUUUUUUUAAUUUUACAAAAAUUAAAUUUGUUUAUAUUUAUC